AAAAAAAACACCUUUACUACAUUCUCAAAACAAAAAAUAAUUAAUGUAUAUAUAUGUUACAUCAACAAUUUUUUUUUUCAGAAACAUCACCACAUUUAAAAUUAAAAAAAUAUAUUAAAAAGGUGUCGAUUAUAUAACAUAACGAAACCGUAAUAAUAAUAAUAAAUUCAAUUUCCAUUCUUAGCCCUGAAAUAAAAAUAAAAAAAUAAACUAAAUCUUAAAACAUUUCCUCAUUUCAAAGCUCCAGAAUGGGACUUGAAAUUCGACCUUAAAACCCACAAUUCUCUUCCUAGAGAGAGAGAAGAGAGAAAGAGGAGAGAGAAAGAAGAGCUAUGGCGGAUCAGUUGCAGAGGUCGGAAAUAUCUUUCAGAAGGCAAGGAUCUUCAGGCUUGAUUUGGGACGAUAAGCUCGUAGCAGAGGCUUUACAACACGACCAAACCAAACAAGACAACAAUCAUACUACUUCUACUGCUACUACUGAUACGGCUGGAGACGACGGAGAGCCACGUGGCGCGCUUGAACGGAGCCGAUCCACAGGCGGCCGUCCCUAUCGGACGGUCAAGGAACCUUCUCCUUCCGCCGACCCACCGUCUCCUCGAUUCUCCGGCUGUUGCGGUGUGUUUGGAAAACCGAUUUUGGCUCGUCAGCCCAAAUCGAACCGGAGGAGGGCAAAAUAGUAAAUACACCUGUUUUUUUCUUUUCUUUUAUAUGUAUUAUUAAUAAUAUAUAUGUGUAUAUCUGUAUGAUUAUGAUGAUAUAGUAGUAUAUGCAUCAUGUGUCAUAUCAUAGAACUAAAAUUACAUGUUUUUUCUUUUUUUGGUUCAUGAUUUUUAUGAGUUUAUCA